GACAGCGCGCACAGCACCACCUCGCUGAUAAGGUAACACAUUCAGUUACACACUCGCUGUGUUAAUUGUUGAAGAUGACGAAGGACAUUAGAGUUAUCGUAUACUUUAUAUGCAUUUUGUUCAAUUGUGGAAGCGUUAAACCUUUACCGCCUGCAGGUGUUUUGAAGGCAUGGAAGACCGAAUCAUUUGAUGUCCAGAGCGGUCGCGACGGUGCGACAGAAUCACAUAUACCACAUGGAUUCCCUAUGAUUGAGAAACGAAUCUUUUCUUCGCUCAAGAAAAUAUUUUCAUCUAGCAACAACAAGAGCACUAUAGCGGAAACGGACUCGACUCCCAUGUUUAGUGACAGGGAUAGUUCACCAGCACAGCAUAUAGUUCAUGGCAGUUCAAAGAAUGCUGGUCGACCAGGCCACCGAGUUUCUAGUGUUGUGUCACAACAAAAGACAAAAUAUCCUCGCUACAACGAAGACGAUGCAAUGCAAUACGGUGUGCAUAGCGGCCAUAUGCAGGAAGCAGCAAAUAUUGGAUCAUAUUACAACAUUUACGGCAGUCCUGGAUCGGGUCACCCAGCGCGUUAUGAAGGGAACUAUCCACAUGGUUAUGAAUAUUACAAUGAUCAGUAUUACUAUGAUGAGUACUCUGAUGAUUACUAUGCAGAAUAGUCAAGAAACUUUUUACUUAUUGCAAAAGACGUGUAACUCAACACCGUAGGCACGUUUUGCAACCGGUUCAAAGUAUUUAAGCAAGAAAGUAAUUCCAUCCUUCCCUUCGUGGAUCGCCAAGCUAACUCUUUCGGUGGUAGCUUCGGCGCUGCUGUUUUCCGAAUUCAACAAAUUAGCCACUAGAAACACCAUCACUCCGUUUCCAAUAAUCAUGUUUUA